ACAGGGCAGAGAUUUCUUAGAUUACAGGGAAAGCUUAGAGACAAAUCCAAAUGUUGCGACCCACUCCCCUUUACACAUUCUCAGGGAUCGCGACCCAGUGUCCACGUCGAUGGGGCUUUCUGAUUCACACGGCCAUGUCCUUUUCAAUCAGGUAUUGAGCGCAAACGACAGGGCUAGAGCUCAGGGAGGGGGAGCCACAUCAGGCAAUAGUAAAGAGAAACGGUUCCUCUGCAUGUUCUGUAACAAAGGCUUCAGCUGCCCCCAGAAAGUGGAGAUCCACCAGAGGGUCCACACAGGGGAGAAACCCUUCAGUUGUACCCAAUGUCACAUGCGCUUCGCUGAGGCUGGCAGCUUGAAGAGGCACCAGAGGGUCCACACAGGGGAGAAACCCUACAGCUGCCCCCAGUGUGAGAAGAGGUUCUCCCACCAGCACCAUCUGAAGAGGCACUUGAAGGUCCACACGGAAUAGAGGUCGUUCGCCUGUAAGCACUAUCGGAAGAGGUUCUCGGAGAAGAGUUACCUCAGGAAACACCAGCAGAAAAACGAUUCCACUCUAUAACAUAGAAAGUAACCAUUCCAAUCAAUGGCUUCUAAUGUUUAGAUCAAACUCUGCCCCCAGAAGGUGGAGAUCCACCAGAGGGUCCACACGAGAUGACGUAGAUCAAUUUCCAGAACAACAAGGCCAAGACAUUUUGGGAUAUAUAAGGCCUAAAAAGACUUAAUUUAGCCUACAAACGGUAUGUUCACAAAUGCCUAUUUCAUUACUUCCAUUCAACUAUUUUUAUCUUUUUCAAUAAACACUUAUUUUUUAUUUUUUGUACCCCUUUUUCUCCCUAGUGGUAGUUACAGUUUUGUCCCAUGCUGCAACUCUCAUUUGGGAAAGGCGAAGGUGGAGAGCAGUGCAUCCUCCGAAACAACCCAACCAAGCCACACUGCUUCUUGACUCAAUGCCCGCUUAACCCGGAAUGCAGCCGCA